CACUGGCCCCCGGGCCUGCAGUCGCCGGUGGAGAAAACACAGACUCCGCGUGUCUUCCACGCGCCGCCCGUCCCCUGCCCCCGAGAUGGAGGCCUGACGCCGGCCUUUCUGCCUCCCCGCCUCCGGCUUCCAGCACCGGCUCUCCCGGAAAGGCCCGGCCGCCUCCCACCCCAUGUUCCAAGUGGAGUUCGAGCUGGCGCGCGCCGCCCUCAAGCAGCUGAAGGGCCCCGUGAGCGAUCAGGACAAGCUGCUGCUCUACGGCUGGUACAAGCAGGCCACCCGGGGCGACUGCCACCUCCCCGCCCCUCCCGCGUCCGACCUGAAGGCCAAGGCCAAGUGGGAGGCGUGGACCGCGAACCAAGGGAUGUCCAGGAUGGACGCCAUGAGGGCCUAUGUGGCCAAAGUGGAGGAGCUAACCAGGAAGGAGGCCGGCUGAGGGCUCCUGGGAAUGGAGUGGCUCCCUAGACCUCGACGGCUGAAAUGGAGAGUAGCCGGGUUAGCCGAAACACCAAUAAAUCACUGACACUGCACGAGAGUGACUGACUGCUGUGGGAAAAGACACUCGGUGACUGGGUGCAUGGGAGGCGUCCAGAUACACGGACCGCGAAACUGUGUGGCUUUGGGUGGAGUUCCCAG